GGCCAGUGGCUAUGUAUUCAAAGUGCCUCGACACUCUCUCCAAAGAGGAUCCACGCGGUUCAGGGAACUCUGCGCUGCUCAAGAAAUGAACUUUGACAGGACCUUUAGCCCGAUCGUUUUGCCGGACAGCAUCAGUGAUCAAGAUUUUGAGCGUUUCUUGGAUUUGCUCUAUCCGAUCGUUUUCGGGGUAUAUACAGCGCAUACGUCAGAGGAGUGGACGUCGGUCCUACGGGUUGCGCACUACUUGCGCUUCGAAUCCCUGCGGGCUCUUGCAAUCAGAACGCUCUAUUCGAUCGCAUCGCCUGUCGAAAAGAUCGUCUGUGCUCGCGACUUCGGCAUCGACGAAUGGCUCGAAGAAGCGUAUGCGGACAUCUGCCUCCGCCCGUCUCCCUUGUGCGAGGAGGAAGGGGUAUUGAUCGGCCUUUCCACCUGCCUGAAGAUCGCCGCUGCGCGAGAAGCUAUCAGAGGGACCUCUGCAUUGACAGAUGUCACAUCUGCUCAAUCAAUCAUCAGACGAGCGUUUGGUCUGACGAUAGAUCACGUUGAUCCUGCGGUACCCGUCGACCAUUCUGCAUGCAUCUCAGAUCAGGCUCCAGACGCUUGCGACGACAAGUAA